ACCAUGUGCUUUCUGUCGUGAAGCUCUGUCUGGUUUGCCUGCUGUUUGUUGUCAAUUGUUUUGCCUUUUUUUUAAUCCUACAAAAUGCACGUUUUGCGAUAAAGGCUGUACGCUUUCCUGAACUAAAGAUGUUGUACUGGCGCUGUAAAAGUGGCUCUAAUUCGUGAGCAGUGGAAAUUAUUUUAAAAUGAGUUGAGAUUUAGCAAAAUAAGCUAGCAAUGGCUACUUACAACACUGAAGUUCAUUCAGUGGUGCUAGAAGUGAGCCCAGAUAUUCAUAUUUGUGGAUUCUGCAAACAACAGUUCAACAACCUUGAUGUAUUUCGGGCUCAUAAGCAAAAUGAAUGUGCUCUGCUGUCCUCAGACACUGUGGCCUCUUCUACAGCCGCCCUGACAGAUCCCAACACAGAGUUUGUCUUUGAGGAAACGUUUAAAACCUGCGUCAUGAGAGGUGCCAAAAAGUCCACAAGCAAAACCCCGAAAACUGCUCAGAGAGAAUUGAAACCUACGCUGGCUUCAAAGAGACACAGCUGCUGCUUCUCAGGUUGCACUUUUAAAACCCAGUAUGGCCAAAAAGAUAUGGAGAGGCACCUUAAAACACACACUGGAGAGAAGCCGUUUGAGUGCGAGCUGUGCCAUAAACGCUUCAGCCGCAGGGACAAACUCAACAUGCACAGCCGCUCUCACACUGGAGAAAAGCCUCACAAAUGUAAACUGUGUUCGUACGCCGCGGCCGACAGCAGCAGCCUCAAGAAACACGUGAGGAUCCACUACGACGAAAGGCCCUUCAAGUGUCAGAUCUGCUCCUACGCCAGCCGCAACUCCAGCCAGCUCACCGUGCACCUGAGAUCGCACACUGGCGAUGCUCCGUUCCAGUGCCAACAGUGCGACGCCAAGUUCAAAAUCAACUCCGAUCUGAAGCGCCACCUCCGGAUCCACUCGGGCGAAAAACCUUACAAAUGUGACUUCUGUGAAUAUCGCUGCGCUAUGAAAGGAAACCUCAAAUCCCACAUCCACAUCAAACACGGCACGGACAAUACUUUCCAAUGCACACAAUGCGAUUUCAAAUGCACCAAUAAGACUGCACUUCGCCAACACGCCAGAGACCACCAGCCUACGCAAGCUAUUCAGUGCUCCAAGUGUAGCUACUCCUGCUCCAGCAAGGGGGCGCUCAAAGUCCACGAAAGAAUCCACUCGGACGAAAAACCGUUUAAAUGCGAAUUCUGCAAUUUCGCCUCAAAACAGCGCAGCAACUUGGUCAUUCAUCAAAAAAAAGUCCAUGGAGAUAAACCAGAAGAUGUUGUGAAAAGUAAAGCUAGCAAGAAUAAAAGUUGUGAAUUGACGAAACCGGUUAGCUCACGUUACAGGGCAAAAUUGGACGCAGCCAGAGCUUUUUCCUGUGAUUUCUGCGACGCGUCUUUUGUCAGAGAAGAUUCAUUAAGAAGUCACAAAAAACAGCACAAGGAAAGUAAUAUGGUAGAACUUCAACUGCCGACACAAUCUAAUACAAUCACAUUAAUACCUGAGUCGUCAUCACAAGCCAACAACCAACUUGAAAUUCCUUCGACGAUUGGCACGUGUUUGGGGAGCGGCCAUCUUAAAAUCAUUGUUUCUCAAGAUUUUUCUAACGUGGAUAGUACAAACAAACCAAAUAUGGUCCUCCUAAGCCAAGAAAGCCAGAAUAUGGUAGUUAACUCAAUGCUCCAACAGGUCAAUUUGCAACCAAUCGCAACGUCGCAAACUUUAGACGCCAACCUCGAACCGCAAACCGUACUUUUAACACAACUGUGCCCGGACGAUUCAACGAAUUCACUCCAUCAGGCAUUUUUGCAAAGACCGCAAGACCAAACCUUCAUAUGCUCUGAACUGGAAAGUUUAAAAGCGCUAAUUCAAGAAGGAGGGACGGAGGUGACGGUUGUGACAGAAGACAAUGACGCUAUGCUAACGUCAGCUAACCCGGGAACGAUUUGCGGGCAAGCGCUGGAGUGUAUGGAGGUGUCGACGCCGGCGGACUUGAGUUUAGAGCAGAGUGCCUUGACUACGUGUGAGGAAAGCGCGUUACUGAUGCCAAAUUUAAGUCUGGGAAGUCAAAACGUUGUCAUUCAUAGUGUACCUCUUAUAAUGUCAACACAACCGGAACACAAUGAGAUUAGCCAGCUUCAGCAGACAAUAUACUGUAAUUCAGACGCCCUGGACAGUAUUCCACAAUGACCAACGAAUCUCUGAAUUUUACUGUUUUGAGUAUUGAAAGGACUUCCAUUGUCUCUGUCUCUCGUUAAUUAAACAAAGACUUUAACUGCACUAGGGGAGACUUACCAUGAAUAAUGCUGACUUGAAUUUUUUCUGAGAAGUGUUAAAAUUAAAGGGCCUAUGUUACAGUAUUUUCUGAUCCAUGUUAUAAUGUUGUUUCCUCAUCACGAACAUACUUGGAGUUGUGUUUUGUUUCAUUCACAUGUUUAACACACAAACCCUGCAUGUUUACGCUGAGUUCUUCUCUCAAACAGAAAACACUCUGUUCCAC